UUCGUCAAGCACGUGCGAAAACUGAGAACCUUGUCGCAUGCUCUCUCUCGCCGGUCGCUAGCAAACCUGUCCAAACAGGAAAUUGGUCUUAGCAGUUGGCAUGGGUUUGACAUUCCGAAUACAGGGUCUUCUUUCCCGGCAGAUCCAACGGAAAUUCAGAUUUCAGUUCAUAAUCCAAUCCAGAGUAGAGCAUACUUACCAUCUCGUUGUGCAGAAAUUACCCUUCUUUCUAGUCCCUUUUCGGGGUUAUCAACAUGAAAAGGACCUGAAUCUUGAUACAUCCACUUUAGAUUCAGAUGAAUGCCCUACUAUAAACAAUGCCGUUUUCAAAGUUCAGGACCUCCUCAAGGUUCGAGAAAUUAACCCAGAGGAUGAGAUUGACCGAACGCUUGAUCAGGCCGGCUUGUCGCUGAGUGAAGAUUUGGUUUUCAGUGUGCUUCGGCGGCAUCGUUCAGAUUGGAGACCGGCCUAUACGUUCUUUAGUUGGGUCUCUAGAGGUGGAAAUCGAGGUGGGUAUUUACCUGGGAGUGGUGCCUAUAAUGAAAUUCUCGACAUUUUGGGCAGAAUGAAGCGAUUUGAUGAACUGACCCAAGUGCUCGACGAAAUGUCAAAGAGAAAGGAGCUUUUCAAUGAGAGGACUUAUGGGAUUGUGCUGAAAAGAUAUGCCGCGGCUCACAAAGUGGAAGAAGCAACUCAGUUCUUCUACAAGAGGAAAGAGUUUGGUCUAAAGCUCGAUUUGAUUGCCUUUCAGACACUAUUGAUGUGUCUAUGUCGGUUUAAGCACGUUGAAGCUGCGGAAUUUUUAUUCCACUCCAGGCAGAAAGAGUUUCCACCGGAGAUAAAGACGAUGAACAUUAUUCUCAAUGGAUGGUGUGUUUCGGGUAGGUUGCAUGAAGCUAAGCGGUUUUGGAAUGAUAUCAUCACGUCUAAGAACUGCAAGCCUGAUCGUUUUACUUAUGGCAUUUUCAUAAAUUCGCUGACUAAGGCAGGAAAAUUGAGUACUGCUGUCAAGCUCUUCCAAGCCAUGUGGGAGAAGGGUUGUGAUCCGGAUGUGGCAAUCUGCAAUUGCAUCAUUGAUGGGCUAUGUUUCAAGAAACGGAUCCCUGAAGCCCUUAAAAUUUUCCAGGAAAUGAAUGAGAGUGAUUGCCUUCCUGAUGUUGCUACUUAUAAUUCACUAAUCAAACACCUAUGCAAGAUCAGACGGAUGGAAAAGGUUUAUGAGCUUCUGGAUGAGAUGGAACAGAAGGGUGGUAGCUGUUUGCCAAAUGCUAGGAGUUACGGUUACUUGUUGAGAUCCACAAGCAUGCCUGAGGAAGUCCCUCAGGUUUUGGAUAGGAUGAAAAAAAUUGGUUGCAAGAUGACCAGCGACAUCUACAAUUUGCUCUUGAGGUUGUAUAUGGAUUGGGAUCAUCAAGAAAGAGUAAGGUCUACUUGGUUUGAAAUGGAGAGAAACGGACUGGGACCUGAUCAACGAUCUUAUACUAUUAUGAUUCAUGGACUUUAUGCUAAAGGAAGAAUAGAUGAUGCAUUGUCUGUUUUCAAUGAAAUGAUAUCAAAGGGAAUGAUACCCGAGCCAAGAACCAAGUUAUUGGUGAAUGCUAUGAAUUUUAAGCUGAAGGAUAGAGAAAGAGGACGAAGUAGUAUGCAAGCAAUGAAUAACAGUAAGAGGGGAAAGAUGAAUAGCCAUGCCAGAUAGUGUGCUUUCCCACUAGAUCAGGGAAUAGUUGGUUAGAUACACCCAUGGGUCCAACUGUGAUUAAGCUGAUCAAGGAGUAGUGGCCAAUUUCAUUAAUAUACAGCUUGGGCAAGCUCUUGUGACCUGAGCAUUUCCAAAAGGCUCAAGCUUCACACCUUAUGUAUAGCUCAGUGAAUUGUUAAAUUAAACCUGUCCUUGCAACACUUUGAGCAGGAGGGCAUGAAUAAGUAAUUUCUUUCGCUAGCUUAAUCAUUUGAGUUCACCGAAACAGCACUUCGUUCGAUUGUGGAACUGAUGGGGAAAAAGAUAGGAUUAUUUUAGAUGAUAUUUUAGAUUAUAUUAUUAAUAUAUUUUGUUAUUUGUUUUAGAAUAUCUUUGUUUAUUUCUUUCCUAAUAGUUUUAGGGAGAUUAUAUUUCCAUUCUAGUUAGGAUACAAUUUGAUGUUUGAUAUGUUUCCUAAUUAGCUAGGAUCUCUAGUAUAUAUAAACCCCUUAGUUAGAAUAUCUGUAUUGUUAAGGAGACUUUUAAUAUUGACAUUCAAUUGGAGAAUUGGUUUUAGUUUC